GUCCUCGUUGCACAGGCUAUUUAUGUUUUCGUCUCUGUCAGGCUCCUUCUAUUCUUGCAGAUAAUUUUUAUCCAGGCCCUCCAGGGACCAUAUUGAUUUGCUUCAUUGAACUGCCAUCAUGGCCACCUCAACGGGGACCGGAUGGGCUCAGCUCCGGCAGCAAGCCCGUUCUCUCGAAACUCAGACUGAGAAUAUCUUUCAUACCUACUCGCAAUAUGCAUCCAUGUCCAAGUUGCCCCCGAAGCCUUCGGAGGAGGAACAACGGGUCGAGUCGCAGUUGAGAGACCUCCUCGAAAAGCGCCAAGCACUCAUCUCACAACUCACCCGUCUCCUCGACUCCGAAGCCACCCUUACAGCCUCAGCCCUGAAACAGAACAACCUCUCCCGCCACCGUGAAGUCCUCCAGGAUCAUCGACGAGAACUCCAGCGUCUAAAAUCCGCUAUCGCAGAGACACGGGACCGCACAAACCUGCUCACGAAUGUCCGUUCGGACAUCGAUGCGUACCGCGCCUCCAACCCCGCAGCAGCGGAGGCGAAUUACAUGCUCGAGGAACGUGGUCGGAUUGACGAAAGUCACAACAUGAUCGACGGCGUCUUGAGCCAGGCGUAUGCAAUUAAUGAGAAUUUCGGACUGCAGCGUGAAACUCUUUCCAGGAUUAAUAGGCGGAUUGUGGGCGCCGCCAAUAAGAUACCCGGAGUCAACGUCUUGAUUGGGAAGAUUGGGACGAAGAAGCGGCGGGAUUCAAUUAUCCUGGGCAGUUUUAUUGGGUUUUGCUUUUUGAUGUUACUUUUCUUCCGGUGAUGAGGUUGUUCAUUCUUUAAUUCCCCCAUUUCGUUUCUCGUUCCAUGUCAUGCGGGCUGCUCUUCUUUGGGAAUCAGGGACGGCGUUAAGAGGGACUACCAGUCAUCUUCAUUACCGGUUUCUUUUUUUAAUUAUAAUGCCAGC